UUUUUUUUAUAAUUGCUGUGAAUAAACAUUUUGAAUAAGUAUUUGGUGCCAACUUUACUUUAGACUUUUUUUUUACAACGCUGUAAAUUAAAAAUUAUGUUAGAGUUAACACCACGUCUCCUUUCUAUCAAAAUGUUGGCAAAGGCUGCAGAUAAUUAUGUGAGUUGGUACUGACAUAACUUACUUAACCCCUUAACAAGUCAGGAUUUUUGUAAAUUUCCUGCCUAAUAUUACACCACUUAUGCUUAAGGAUUUCUAUUCAAGCAUUACACAAUUUACACAAAAAAGGUUGCGUGUUUGCUAAGAAACAUUACUAAAAAAAAAAGCAAAACUAAUUUAUUUCAACAAAAUAAAAUUAAUAAAAUCAUUAACUGUGCUCUUUCCUGAACUUCCCUGUCCUCCAAAACUUUCGUUUCGUAAUGUUUGUCUAGUUUUUUUUGUCUGUUUUCAAACAUGCGGAAUUUGCGUUGAUUCCUGUUACUGAGCUGGAAGUAGAGAGAAAACAGACAGCUUCUCCAAGAGUCAUGUAGGAGAUUACGGAGCCUUCAAAUAUACAGAAUCCUGCACUGACUGACUGUGGAGGAGAGAACAUGAGACCUGCAGCAUGUGUGUCCUUAUACAAGACUGGAUAUCGCUCAGAUAACCUGGAGGAAACUGGACAAAAACCUGAGGGAUGUCGCUGAACCUCAGAGCCUAGUCUACAGGAGACCCUGCCCAGACUUUCCCAUGGGACGGAGCAGCAGAACCUCAGAGGUGUGGAAAUGUUCAGAAAGAGGCCUCCCCCAGUGUGUGUGUGUGUAAGUGUGUGUGUGCUGUGUUUGCUCUGUACAAUUACAUAGAGAUGGAUGAGAAGCGAGAAGCACUCAGGACAUUCAAGGACGCACGUGCUGAAGCUCGAGCAGUUUCAAUAUUGAGCAGCCGAAUAACACCCACUUCACUGCUGGGUCAAAACACACUCACAAACACUCACACACACUCUUACACACACUGUCCCAACACGUGCACGGGCACCUGCCUGGCCCAGUUGUCCCGUGCUCUUUUGUACCCCCCCUCACCCCCCCACCCUUUUCACUUCUGCUCACCCCCUUACCCAACAAGCUGCUGAAUACCCUGAGUCUGCAGGGCUCUGCCUCUGGAGCCAGCAUGGCCAACCAUCCUCAGAGUUGCCCCGGCAACCUCCUCCUCCCCUUCCUAUUGGCUGCUUUCACAGCCAAUCCCAGGCCUUUUUGAUUAUGUCAUAUAUAAACAGCGUGGUCGUGCUCGGCCUGGGCUUGGGGAAAGAGGGAGAAAGAGAAAGAGAUUGAGAGUGAACGAGAGAGAGAGAGAGAAAGAGAGAGAGAGGAAGAUGAGUGCGAGUGUUAUCUUAGCUGAGGGUCCGUUACAGAAUGAUAAUGCAAAUCAAUAGCUCUCACACUGGAGAGAAAGAGACACAGAGAGAGAGAGAGGGAAAGAGAGAGAGAGAGAGAGAGAGAGAGAUGUAUGGUCUGUAUGAGAUAAGUGUACGGGACGCAGGAUCAGGUGAUGCGCGGUGAUGGCGGGAUGGUCUGGAAGUAGCACUCGGGGAAAGUGAGUCUCGGAGCUGUAACUCGAUACGGGACGUCAGCCAGCGGGAUCCAUUCGCUCAGACUCAGCUUUUAACGUGAGACAGCGACGUCACUCAGAGCUGAGAGGGCCAGAGUGACCCCCAUGACUGCGGCAAAACUCAGAGAACACAGAGGACCGAGCGACUGGCCCGACCUGUAGCCACAGAGCUGAGAUUUCCACAGUGUCACGGUCACUCCAGGGACAAAAUGACCAUCCCCAAAGAAAUUCCAGACAAGUGGUUCCCCAUCAUCCUCCCAAUGAAAUGGGCCAAAACGGGACUCCCCAACAAGGCAAAGAAAAGAAGAGGGGCAGAAGAGGAAAGGAGGGUCCGAGCCAAUGACAGGGAGUACAACGAGAAGUUCCAGUAUGCGAGUAACUGCAUCAUGACCUCAAAGUACAACGUCAUCACCUUUCUGCCAGUCAACCUGUUUGAGCAGUUCCAGGAGGUUGCCAACACCUACUUCCUGUUUCUUCUCAUUCUGCAGUUGAUUCCUCAGAUUUCUUCUUUGUCCUGGUUCACCACCAUAGUGCCUUUAGUGCUGGUGCUGAGCAUCACUGCAGUCAAAGAUGCCACUGAUGACUAUUUCCGUCACAAGAGUGACAACCAGGUGAAUAACCGUCAGUCUCAGGUGCUCAUCAAUGGCAUUCUACAGAAGGAGAAGUGGAUGAAUGUGAGAGUGGGUGACAUCAUAAAACUGGAGAACAACCAGUUUGUGGCAGCUGACCUGCUCCUGUUGUCCAGCAGUGAACCUCAUGGCCUGUGUUAUAUUGAGACAGCGGAACUGGACGGUGAGACUAAUAUGAAGGUGCGUCAGUCUCUGUCCGUCACCUCAGAGCUGGGAGAUCCCAAUAACCUGGCUCAGUUCGAUGGAGAGGUGGUGUGUGAGCCUCCCAAUAAUAAGCUGGACCGUUUCUGUGGCACUCUGUACUGGAAGGACUGUAAAUACGGCCUGAGCAAUCAGAACAUGCUGCUGAGGGGCUGCGUCCUGCGCAACACAGAGAGCUGCUAUGGCCUCGUCAUAUUUGCGGGUCCAGAUACCAAGCUGAUGCAGAACAGCGGGCGAACAAAGUUCAAGCGGACCAGUAUAGACCGGCUGAUGAACACACUGGUACUGUGGAUUUUUGGAUUCUUGGUGUGUAUGGGAGUCAUCUUGGCCAUAGGGAACGCGGUGUGGGAGAGAGAGGUGGGCUUUCUCUUUCAGAGUUAUCUCCCGUGGGACCCCCCUGUCGACAACUUCCUGUUUUCAGCCUUCCUCUCGUUCUGGUCCUACGUCAUAAUCCUCAACACUGUGGUGCCCAUCUCCCUUUAUGUCAGUGUGGAGGUGAUUCGGCUGUGUCACAGUUACUUCAUAAACUGGGACCGCCGCAUGUUCUGUAAUCGCAGCAACACGGCAGCAGAGGCCCGGAGCACGACACUAAACGAGGAGCUGGGCCAAGUGGAGUACAUAUUCAGUGACAAGACUGGAACCCUCACCCAAAACAUCAUGACCUUUAACAAGUGCUCCAUCAAUGGACACGCCUACGGUGAAGUGAUGGAUCCUCUUGGAGCUCAACAUAAGAAGGCCCAGCCGCUGGACUUCAGCACGUGGAAUCCUCUGGCUGAUCGGGAUUUCCGUUUUUACGACGCUUCGCUGCUGGAGGCUGUGAAGGUGGGGGAACCAGCGGUGCACGAGUUCUUCCGCGUGCUGUCUCUCUGCCACACGGUCAUGAGCGAGGAGAAGAGCGAGGGAGAGCUGUAUUAUAAAGCUCAGUCUCCUGACGAGGGCGCUCUGGUGACGGCAGCUCGAAACUUUGGCUUUGUGUUUCGUUCUCGUACGCCUGGAACCAUCACCACGCAGGAGCUGGGCAAAGCUGUAACCUACACACUCCUCGCCAUCCUAGACUUCAACAACAUCCGCAAGAGAAUGUCCGUCAUAGUGAGAAACCCCGAGGGUCGUAUUCGUCUGUACUGUAAGGGGGCCGAUACAGUUCUGUUUGAGAGGCUUCACUCGUGCUGCCAGGACCUCAUGAACAUCACCUCAGACCACCUCAACGAGUACGCAGGUGACGGGUUACGGACGCUGGCUCUAGCCUAUCGGGAUCUCUCUGAGGAGCAGUGGGUGGAGUGGGCGGAGCGUUAUCGGGGCGCUGAAAAGGCUACAGACUGCAGGGAGGACCACCUGGCUGCUGCUUAUGAAGAGAUUGAACAGGAUAUGAUGCUGCUGGGAGCCACAGCUAUAGAGGAUAAACUGCAGGAGGGAGUUCCAGAGACCAUUGCUAUUCUUUCUCUGGCCAACAUUAAGAUCUGGGUGCUGACAGGAGAUAAGCAGGAGACUGCAGUGAAUAUUGGCUAUUCGUGUAAAAUGCUGACUGAUGACAUGACCGAGGUGUUCAUCAUUAACGGACACACUGUUCAAAGUGUCCGCGAGGACCUCAGAAGAGCAAGGGAGCGCAUGAUGGAAUCAGCCCGCACUAGAGAUGGAGAGAAAGAGGCGGAGACUCAGUGGGGCGGAGCCUGUUCUGUGGGUAAUGGAUACAGCAGUAGAGAUGGGGCCAAUUGGAUUCCUGAUCAGGAGAAAUGUGCCCAGCCCCAAGCUCCUCCUACCUCAGUGCUGGAGUCCAUCAGCGGAGAGUUCGCACUGGUGAUCAGUGGUCACAGUCUGGCUCAUGCUCUGGAGGCUGAUAUGGAGCAGGAGUUUCUGGAGACGGCGUGUGCGUGCAGGGCAGUGAUCUGCUGCAGGGUCACUCCUCUACAGAAGGCUCUGGUGGUGGAACUGGUCAAACGCCACAAGAAGGCCGUGACCCUCGCCAUCGGAGACGGAGCCAACGACGUUAGCAUGAUCAAGACGGCUCAUAUCGGCGUGGGCAUCAGCGGUCAGGAGGGCAUCCAGGCAGUGCUGGCGUCCGACUACUCCUUCUCCCAGUUCCGCUUCCUGCAGCGGCUGCUGCUGGUUCACGGCCGCUGGUCCUAUCUGCGCAUGUGCCGCUUCCUCUGCUACUUCUUCUACAAGAACUUUGCCUUCACCAUGGUGCACUUCUGGUUCGGCUUCUUCUGUGGCUUCUCCGCCCAGACGGUGUAUGACCAGUACUUCAUCACUCUGUAUAAUAUUGUAUACACAUCGUUGCCUGUCCUGGCCAUGGGCAUCUUCGACCAGGACGUUCCUGAGCAGCGGAGUCUGGAGUACCCAAAGCUUUAUGAGCCGGGUCAGCUGAACCUACUGUUUAACAAGCGCGAGUUUUUCAUCUGCAUCGCUCAGGGCAUCUACACCUCCGUGGUUCUGUUCUUCAUCCCGUACGGCACUCUGUCCCAGGCCACCCAGAGCAACGGCGUCGCCCUCGCUGACUACCAGACAUUCGCCGUCACCACGGCAACCGCCCUCGUCAUCGUUGUCAGCGUGCAGAUCUCUCUGGAUACAGGCUUCUGGACUGCUAUUAACCAUUUCUUCGUGUGGGGCUCUCUGACCGCGUACUUCACCAUCCUCUUCACCAUGCACUCCAGCGUCCUCUUCAACAUCUUCCCCAAGCAGUUCCACUUCCUGGGAAGUGCUCACAAUACAUUGGCACAGCCAGUGGUGUGGCUGACGAUUGCAUUAGCUACAGUCAUUUGCAUUGCACCUGUGCUUGCAUUCCGCUUCCUCAAACUGGACCUCAAACCCCAGCUCGCAGACACCGUGCGUUACACUCAGCUGGUGCAGCAGAAGAAGUGGAAGCCCGGCGGGCGGGCGGGGCGCAGGGUGGGCGGAGUCGGUGGAUCAGGAGGCAGCGCUAUGGGCCGGCUGGGCCGGGGCGGCUCCCGUCGCUCGGGUUACGCCUUCGCUCAUCAGGAGGGGUUUGGGGAGCUGAUCACCUCGGGGAAGAACAUGCGCCUCAGCUCGCUCGCCCUGGCCUCGUUCGCCUCUCGCCACAGCGCCAUCUGGAUCGACACGCUGCGCAAGAAAAAACACGCCCCUGUCACAAACGCAUACAACACUCCGCCCACUGGAAACAGCAGCCCCGCCCCCUCACUGGCCCCGCCUCUCUCCACAUCAUCUUCCCUGAGCGGUCCUCCUGAAACUACUCUAGACGAGGCGGGAAAAGUGAACAGUGACCCCACCCUCAUCAAGAGCCAUAAUGAUGAGCAGCUGAAUGUGGCUCUGAAUGGUGCGCAGGUGGAGACUGGAGGAUGCAGUCCACAGGUGACACAGGAAAUGGCGCCAGGCUUAAAGGGGGCGGGAGCUCGGAUCAGUGGUGCCAGCAGCCCAGGUCCACCAAUCACUGCUGAGGAAAUAGCAAGUGGCGAGUGAGAGGUGCAGGCAUUGGUACACCGACCUGUGGGAAUCUUAUUUGCAUUCAAGGAUGCUGAAAAUGGUCUUUUUCAUCCGAGGACAAGCAGCCAUAGCGACUAGCGAUGAGGAGGAGCCGACUGGUGAAGCCUGAUUUGACGACAGGCUUAAAGAUAGAUAGACACUCACACACAGACACAAACACAAACAGAUAAAUACAUACAAAUAUAUUAUACUAUAUGUCCAAAGUAAAGAAGAAAAAUGUUAUAGCUGUAAAACAGUAAUUCGUCCAAUAGUCAAUCAAAGAUUGUCCUACCUAUUGUCUUUACAGUCCUACUUACUGUUAAAACACCAGGGAUGUCCAGUAUUAUCCAUGCUAAGCUAAGGUGUGGCUACAGGUUUUUAUUCUUUAACUUGUUUUAUCAGCCUUCAAACUAUUAAAUCAAUCACACAAGCUUCUGCUUGACUAGAAUAAAUACAGGGGUUGGACAAUGAAACGGAAACACCUGUCAUCAUUUUAGUGUGGGAUUUUAGGUUUCAUGUCUAAAUUGGAGCAGCCUGGUGUUAAAUCUUUUUGGCCAUUAAUUGCACAUUGCACCAGUAAGAGCUGUAAGAGUGUGAAGGUUCAAUUAGCAGAGUAAGAGCACAGUUCUGCUCUAAAUAUUGCAAUGCACACAACAUUAUGGGAGACAUAACAGAGUUCAAAAGAGGACAAAUUGUUGGUGCACGUCUUGCUGGAGCAUCUGUGACCAAGACAGCAAGUCUUUGUGAUGCAUCAAGAGCCACGGUAUCCAGGGUAAUGUCAGCGAGAUACCACCAAGAAGGACCAAACACAUCCAACAGGAUUAACUGUGGACGCUGUAAGAGGAAGCUGUCUGAAAGGGAUGUUCGGGUGCUAACCCGGAUUGUAUCCAAAAAACAUAAAACCACGGCUGAUCAAAUCACGCAGAAUUCAAUGUGCACCUCAACUCUCCUGUUUCCACCAGAACUGUCCGUCACCACAAUCAAUUAUUGUGCUCUAAAACCAGGUGUUUCAGUUUCAGCCCCUGUUCCAACCCCUGUACCUGCAGCCACGUAACCCUUUGCAUAUAAAAUAGGACACCCCUUCUUAAGGUGGUACAAAGUGUUCUUUAAGAGAUGCCUGCUUUGAGAAUCACUAUUGCUUUCCCAAAGAAUUGUUAAUGAAGAUCUUUGAGUGUAAAGAACCUACAAAUGCUUGAAUGUGAACCUUCACCUGAUGAUGUAAAUGAUUUAAACGUUUAAAAAAACGUUCCCUUUAACAAUUCAGAGGUUCUUUUAAGGUUCUUUACACUCAUACAGAUCUAUACAAUACAUACAUGUUUUCUAAAAGAAAGGAACAGUAGUUUUCCUACAGCAUCCCUGUAAGAACCUUUUGUAGCAUCUAUUUAAUGUUAUAAGGUUGCCACAAUACCAGUUUUCAAUCAAUGCUGUGAUGGAAAAAAAGAAUUAGUACAGAGGCUUUCCAGCUUAUCUAAAUACAGAAUUUAUUUACGAAACAGUAUUAGACGUUGGAGUAUUGAUUUGUGUGCCAAACACUUUCCACACAUUGUGAAACCCCUCUAAACGCAAAUGUUGUAGCCAGCCAAGACACAACAAGACAUGCUUUGUAAAUUUUGUUUCUUUAGAUUCUUACUCAAGCUGUGUGGCUAAUGUGGCUAAAAAGGAACUGUAUGCUUUUUUCCGACUUAUACAAAUAAUGCAAAAAAGAAAACAAGUUCAUGUUCAUAAAGUUUUAAGAAAGUUCAUAAAGAAAGUCAGUAUUUGGUGGUUUAUAAUCACAGUUUUCAUGCUUCUUGGCAUCAUGUUCUCCUCCUCCACCAGUCUUACACACUGCUUUUGGAUAACUUUAUGCUGCUUUACUCCUGGUGCAAAAAUUCAAUUUUUUUGAUUUAGUAAAAUCUAAGAAACUCAUCAUUUUUAAGUGGUCUCUUUUAUUUUAUUUUUUUUCAGAGCUGUAUUACUGAUACACACAUGACACUGUAGUUUAAGGACUGUUAAAUGCUAUAACUGCACAACUUCAGGAAUAUGAAAUCUAAUGUUUCGUCCAUCUGGUAUCCAAUACAUCAGACCUUAAACACACAAAUACUUAUAGUAAUACAGAUGUGGAUGUUACCAGGGAUAUCAUACACACUGCUAUCCAGUGACCUUUGGAUAGAAUUAUUUAUUUAAAUAAAUAGUUUCUUUGAUUUUACCAAAUUAAAAAAAAAUAAUGUUUGCAUCAGGAGUGGCAUAAAGCUAUAUUUAUAAAAAAUUAAAUAAUAAAAUAAGCUGGUUGUCCUUGCUGCUUUAGUAAUAUGCCUGCGGUUAAAAUAAUGCUGCGAUUUUCUUUCUAACUCCAGUUUUUAGCUACAUUAGCCUCGUAGCUUCAGUGUAAAUCUAAAGAUGCAAACUUUCUAUCUUGGUUGAACUUUGGCUAAAGGGGGAACUGAAAUGGAGAUUUUUGGCAAGUUUGCCGCUAUAAAUAAGGCUGAAAUCUUCAGAGCUUUGCCACCUACACAAACCUGACUGCUAAAUGUUUUCUAUUCAAUGUCUUUUUUCAUAGCGAGAAGGAUCUCAGAGAUCCAUCAAGAAGGGAAAGUUCCUCUGUGUCACAACAUUAAGGGCUUUCCCCCUUAGCUGGGACUGUGAUAUGUGACUUCACUUCAACUGUCUAAUAGUGAAAGAUUAUAUAAUGUCCGCUGCAACACUUGGAAGACAUUUUCAGCAACUGGAGUCAACCAAACUCCAACCAAAUAUCCUACAUAUCACCUCAACUGUCCUUUAUUCUGUAUUACUGACCCGUGUUUAAAGAUGACUUUUUGUUUCACGUUUUAUUUUAUAAUUUAUCUCCUGUACAUCAAAAUGUUUUGGACACCUCCUUGUUUCUUAUCAGAUCCACUGAUUGUAUAGGGCAUAUUGUAGUUCUAUAAUUACAGGCUGUAGUCCUAUAUCUAUUUCUCGAUGCUCAGAACCCCAAAGGAUAGAAUACCACCACAGAGCAGCUAUUAUUAUAAUUAUUAUUAUUAUAAUUAAUAUUAUUAUUUAGGUGGUGAGUCAUUAUUCUCAGCACUUCAGUGAUUAGCACUGAUUAGCAUGGUAGUGGUGUAUAAGGUGUUAGUGUGUGUUGAGCUGAUACAGUGAGUGUGGAUCAGAUACAGCAGCAGUGCUUCUGGAGUUUUUAAACGCUUCAGUGUCACAGCUGGACUAAAUAGAAUAGUCCCCCAAUCCAAGGAUCCUGCGGGUCCUUAAAAAGUCUUAAAAUGUGAGCUAAUUAACAUUAGCGGGGAGAGAACUAAGGUUAGCGGGGAGCUAGCUAACAUUAGCGGGGAGCUAGAUAACAUUACCAGGGAGAGAACUAAGGUAAAGGGAGAGCUAGCUAACAUUAGCAGGGAGAGAACUAAGGUUAUCGGGGAGCUAGCUAAAAUUAGUGUGAAGCUAGCUAACGUUACCAGGGAGAGAACUAAGGUAAGCCGAUAGCUAGCUAACAUUAGCGGGGAGAUAACAAAGGUCAAUUGAGAGCUAGCUAACAUUAGCGGGGAGCUAGCUAACAUUACCAGGGAGAGAACUAAGGUUAGUGGAGUGCUAGCUAAUAUUAAGAAUUAUGUCUACAUUUUUGGGCCUAAAAUUAUAUUUAUCUAUGUCUUAAAAAGGCCUUAAAAAGCAUUAAAUUUGACUGUAAAAUGGUGCAAGAACCCUGCAAUCUGACAUAUCCAGCCAACAGCUUUAUCUACAAGGUGGAACAGCUGUAAGUUGAGGACAGUGAGGGAUGAUUAAACACAUUGUAUUAAAAACUCCAGCAGCACUGCUGCUGUAUCUGAUCCACUCACUGUACCACCAGCUUAACACACACUUACACCUCAUACACCACCACCAUGCUAAUCACUGCAGUGCUAAGAAUAACCACCCCAAAAAUAUAAUAAUAAUAUUAAUACUAAAAAAUAAUAAUAGCCGCUCUGUGGUGGUUUUCUCUCCUGUGAGGCCAUAAUAUUCUGACUUGACUGUGAUGAAUUGCUGAUUCUGUGGCUUUUUUGCUUUGUUUUUCCCGCAUUCUAUACUUCUUCCUUUCUUUUUUUACUUUUUGCUGUAUUUCUUUUUUAUUUGUUCCUUAUAAAAACGAAGUCAGUUUCAUUUUGUUCUUCUGUUCGUCUUUCUGUUUUAGGAGAAAAACAGGAUGUCAGCAAAAUGUUUUUCUUUCUAUUUCUUUCUAUGAUUCUUUUUUCUUUAUUGAAAUUGAAAUUGAAAUUAGUCUGUCUUGCUAUAUGUAUUUUGUGAUAUUUAUUUCUUCAUAGAAUAAUAGUCAGUCUUGCUUUUUUUAUUUUUCUUUUUUUUAUCAUUUUUUUGUCCAUAUUUCUUUCUUACUUUUCUGUGUCAGGCUACGAAACUUACAGUUUUUCUAUCUUUCUUUCUUUAAACUUUAAGGCUGUGUAAUUUCAAAUUUAAUUUUGGUGUCUUUCAGUAUUUUUCUCAUUGAGAAACACGGGGACAGUAUUUUUUUUCUUACCUCAGACAUCAGCUAAGUGUUGUUAACAGUCUUAUAAACCAGAAAAGCUUAUGAUUUUUUUGGACGACAGACGACCCUGUAAUCCAGUCGCAGCUCCAGUGAUGGCCGUGGACCAGUGAGAGCAGCACUUUUAAGCUGUAGUUCUCUGUGAGAACGUGAACAGAACUCUGAACUGAACUGAACUGAGUAAAACUCUCACUCUACGUCUUCAUUCAUGAUCUUUUUUACACCAUAUUGGUGCUCUGAGCUAAAAACCUCUACUGCACUGUUGAGCUGGACUGCUGAAGUUACAGAAACUCAAUUUUGCUCUUCUGUUUCCCAGUGGACUGAACUGGAAAAAGAUUGUCACACCAUGAAGAGCUAUCAAACGCAUCCCACCAACAGUCUGAAUCUAUACGUGGCCUUAGAUACACGUGCUGAACGGAAUCCAUAACUGUUGUAUGUGCGUGUUCAUGUCUAUAAUCGCCCACCGAACCGCCAUGCUUUUUCCUCUGUGGAUGAAAAGACAGAAAUUGAGAGGUGCUCCACCUGGACUGACUCUGUGCGUCUGUGUAGUUGUGUUUGCUCUGUGUGUAGGCAUAUAGCUGUCUAUUGCAAUAAUAGAGUCCAGCAGAACCAGCUAAAGCUAAUGACCCGUGGUCGCCCCUUUUCAAAGUGUUCAAAAUGACGUAUUAAGAGCUGUGGAUGAGCCUCAUCCUUAUAGAGGAGUUGAUGGGAAUUGGAUAAAAUGUUAAUAAAAUCGUUAAUGCCUUCUUUAAGAAGGAAACGUC